AUGUUUCUCUUUAUUGCAGCGCCAUUCGACAAUGAACAGAGCACAGAAAUUGAAUACUACCCAGUUGCAGACGCAACUGGUUGUUACUACAACUUCGAGCAUUACGACGAAGGUGACAGGAUAAUCACGAACGAGCCUUGCCUGAAUUGCACUUGCCAUAAUAGGAUGCUCAUGUGCUAUCUACGGGUGUGCCCCUUCACCAAAGCGAUCGGCCAGAACUGCAAAGUGGAGAAGAAACCAGACCAGUGCUGCCCUGUCAUCACUUGCCCAGAAGGUAUUUUGAAAAUAUGCAAAGUAAAGGGAGACUACAAUAGGAUUGACUUACCACAAUAUUCAAUGAAAAUAAUAUUAAUAAGGAAUGUUCAAAUUGUACUUACACUAUUUGAGGAUGAUUACUAUGGUGUCCCCGUUCAACUGGUCCCCCAAUCGACCACAGAAUCUGGCACGGCACUGGGCCACCUCAACGAGUACGGCUGCUCCAUCGACAACCUCUUUUACGCCGACGGAGCAAAGGUGCCCUCCGAUCCAAACAACCCCUGCGAGGUGUGCUACUGUAUCAGGAACAAGACGGCCUGCAUCAUCCAAGAGUGCACCCUGACGGGCAAAGUGGUCGAGGGCUGCCGGCCGGUGUAUCUGGAAGGAGUGUGCUGCCCUCUGCGAUACGACUGCGAUCAUCCGCAAAUUGAAACCACUCCUAGACCUCUUCUCACCACCACCACCACAACAACUACGACAACCACGACACUCGCGCCAACUACUUUACCACCAAAAGACUGUUUCUUCAAGAACGAAUAUUAUGCAGACGGUGCCCUGGUGAAGAAAGACUUGCCAUGCGAAAAAUGCUAUUGCAUGAAGGGUGAGAUGAUCUGUGCUGUACAAGAAUGUGGGCCAACACCAUUGGACAAGGUAAACUGCACUGCUCUGCCCAUCAAGCCAGGUCAAUGCUGUCCGGAAACUUACGAUUGUGGGGAUAUAUCGGACGAAGAUUUGACUACCCUGUCGUAUUAUGAAGCACCCACCACCCUCCCAACCUUAAUCUCAUCGCCAUCCGAGGAAGAGGACGAGACAGUACAGGCCACAGAAACUCCCCUUCCACACUUGAACCUAACAGACAGAGGUGAAGUCGUAACAGAAGAAACCAUCGAGGAGAAAGGCAAACCAACCACUGAAAGUGUUACCGAAGCAAUCACAUCGAGAAUAACAGAAGCUGUAACUGAUAUUGUCGAUGCAAUCACAUCUACGAUCUAUGGCUCAACAGAAAAACCACUGGUGACAUCAGAACAGCAAGAACAAGAAACUGUCAUACCAGGAGAAGUUAUUACGGAAAGCAGCAAAGACACAGAGACCCAAACUCCACUCUCUCUCCAUACUGUGCCACAGACUGUUGGCCCAUCCAAACACGAUGAACCGACCACAACUGCAACUUUGGAAGAGGAAGGCGAACCAAUCAUUCAUGAUGAUCACGAAGAAACAGAAGACAACGAAAUCCAUGACAGUGACGAGAAACCAGGAGCUACAACAAUAGGUGCCCAAGAACCAGACCGAGCACAUACCAAACCAGCAGAUAAUGAAAUCGAGCAACACCAUGAAACAACGAAACCAUUGGAAACGACAACUACUGAAACUGAAGUAGAACAAACAAAGGCGCCUGAGCAUGAAGCUGUUACGAAGGCAUCAGUGGAAGAAACUAAACCUUCUGAAACGAAUGUGGAGGAAAGCGAACCAACAGCUACACAAGAGGCUGUAACUCAGGUAUCAGGCACUGAACUAGGGCAGCCUGAAGUUUCUACUGAAGGACCUGUCUCGUCAAGUCUGAAACCAGAAGUAUUACCAGAUACUGUUAUACCAACUACCGAACAGUCAGGAGCAGAACAGGAAGUAACACAAAUAACAUCAGAACCCAGUGAAGGAUCACCAGUUCCCAAUGAAGAAGAAGCUAGCGGAGCAACAGAACCCAGUCAAGAGAAACCAAAAACACCCGUAGAAGUAACAGCAGUACCUGAGGUAACAGUAAGCGAACAUGCUACUAGCGAAACAUCUGAAGUUUCACAAGAAACGGUGCAGCCAAGUCAAGGCCAAGAACAAAUCACUGAAGGACCUGGAAGCUUAGAGACAACUGAACAAGAAAAUGAACAUGAACCUGGAGAGAUUUCCACAACUACAUCGCCAGUAGAAUCGGCACAUCCUGAAGAAACGGAAACAAGCCAAAAGGGUGAAGAAAAGGUGAGCAGUCCAAUCACAGAAGAACCUGAAAUAGUGGAAGAAGGCGAACUCCAACCAGGAGUCACGGAUGGUAAGCCCAACAAAGAUCAACCUGAAGAAAUCACCGAAUCAUUUGAGAAAGGAAUUGAACAGAGCUCUCAAAUUGCAGAUGUUACAGAGCCAGCCUCAACAGAAAAACCAGGAGAAGAAAUGGAGAUUGUGACCGGAAUAACUAACAGAGAAACUGAGAGACCACAAUCAAUGGAUCACGUUUCGGAAACCACAACUGAAACUGAAAUUCCUGAAAUUGAAAAGGAAGAAAAACCAUUUGAAGUAACUGAAGGCCCCAAAAUAGCUCAACAGUCACCGGAAAAACCAACUAAAGAGACUGACGACAAUGAAAUACCCGCGAUUGUUGAAGAGUGCACGAAAGAAGGAUGUACCAAACUGGAACACACUCCUGUUGUACCGGAACAAUGUACAAAGGAAGGAUGCACCCAAGAGGGUAAAGUUCCUGAUGAAACACACAAAGAAGUUCAGCCUGAGGAAGAGACUACAGAAUCGAAUGACAUACCAAAAGGUGUUGCGCAUGAUUGUAUAGAUGAAGAGGAUUGCCUACCAGAGGAAGAAAACUUACCUGGAUCAACCGAGACAACAAUAGACGUAAAACAUGAUUCUGAGCAAACUGGUGUUCCAGAAGUUAUAUUAUCAUCAGUGCCUGAAUCAGUUCAGACAACCGAAAAGAUGCCUGUGUCUGAACCAGAAGUACCUUCUAGUCCAUCAUCUGGAGGAGAACAGGUUACCGAAGAAAUUGAUGAACAAUUCACAGAGGCUCCGAAGAAAGAAUCUCAUGAUGAGCCAGAGACUUCUUCAACACAAUUACCUAACACAGUAUUCAAGGAUACCGAAUCUCCUGCAUCUACCGAACAUUCAGUAAAACCAGAACAUGAACCUACUGAUGGAGUAACCAAGGAAUCUGCUACUACCGAGACUCCAGAACAUCAUCUUGCAGGUGAAACUACUGGGCAACCUAUAUCAUCUGAACCGCCAUCAAAACAUGUUACUCCAGAGGAAAGUACUGGUGAACCUACAUCAUAUGAACUGCCAUCAGAACAAGUUACUCCAGGUGAAGCUAUUGGUACACCCGAAUCAACCGAACCGAGUGAACAAGGUGAAGAAGAACUCGGUACUGAAAUCCCAGAAAUCACACCAGCACACGUUGAACCAGUUGAAGGAAACAAAACUGAACAUCCUGGGGUAGAACAUGUCACUCCAGAAGGAGAAAGUAGUAGUGAGCCUGAAACUACUGAAUACCCAGAACAGAGACCAGAACACGUCACUUCUCAAGAAGUAGGAAGUGGUGGUGAGCCUGAAUCUACAGAAUCCCCAGUAAGUAAACCAGAACAUGUAACUCCAAGUGAGGGUAGCAGUGAGGCAGAAUCUACUGCACUCCCAGAGCAGAUACCCGAACAAGUUACUUCACUUGAAUCAGAGAGUAGUAGUGAGCCCAUAUCCACUGAAUCUCCAGAAAGUAGACCAGAACAUGUAUUCCCAAGUGAAGGUAGUGGUGAGGUCGAAUCUACUGAACUACCGGAAGAUAAACCAGGACUUGUUCCUUCACAAGAAGUAGAGAGUAGCCCUGAAUCUACAGAAUCUCAAGGAAGUGGACAAGAACAUGAAGAACAUACAACUUCAAGUGAAGGUAGUGGUGAAUCAACUGAACAUCCAAAGAGUACACCAGAAAAUGUUGUUCCUGAGGAAGUAGAGAGUAGUGGUGAGCCCCAACCAACUGAACUUCCAGAAGCAAGACCAGAAACUGACACUUCCGAAGAAGUAGAAGGCAGUGGUGAGCCUGAAAUAACUCACUAUCCAGAACAUGCUUCUUCACCACAACCAGAAACAACUGAAGCUCAACAUACCGAAAGCGAACUUCUAGAAAAACAAUUUAAUCAGACUGAAACUCCAGUAACACAUCCUCAAGAAAUGGAAGUUACUACUGCACCAAUUUCUUCAGAUUCAUCUACAGAACAUCAUGUAGCUGAGACGCACCCUCCAGAUGAAACUACAGAUGAAGUUGCUAAAGCUGAACAAGAAAUAACAAUAAAACCGUCAACUGAAGAAAUCACAACUCCAUCUAGACAAUCUGAAGGAGAUAAAAUACCUGAGAGUACAGAACCAUCAGCUGUCAAGACACCUGAAGUAAUUACCACGGAAACUGAAGCUUCGGAGGCUCCUGAAAUUCCUUCUAUCACAGCAGCAAGCCACACUCCUGAAACAACACAAACUCCAGAACAUGUUCCUUCUCCAAGCAUGCUACCAGAAUCCGAGGUACCGACAACAGAAGAAGUGGAACGUGGCAUUCCAGGCGAAGGAAAUUGUUUAGUAGACGGUCAAACAUACACGAACAACUCACAAGUGCCUCCAAUCAAUCAAUGUCAACUUUCAUGUAAAUGUGUGAGUUCUAUCUUGCAAUGUGAAUCGAUACCUUGCCCAGGACCACCUAGCAAUAUGCAAGAAUGUACGCCAAUAUUCCAGUCACCUGGGAGCUGCUGCCCUACCUACACUUGCUCUGGUCCAGGAGUCACGAAUGCUAUGGAGUCAGAUAGCCAUGUAGUCGAAACUACAACAGCGGGUGUGGAAAAAGAGUCUCCAGUAACUUACGUUCCUUCGGUUGAAGCAACUACACAACAAGAUCGUGAAGAAACAACAGUACCCAAAAAAGAUGUUCCCGAAGCAAUUCCUACAGUUCAAGGAGAAGAACCAACUACCCAAAAAACUAUUCCUCAUCAAGAUACCGAGAAGACACCAGAAAGAGAAGAACCAGUAAUCAAUCAAACGACUAGUUCUGCAGAAAAAUCUGGAGCAACCGAACAUGAUAUAGGAGUACCAGAACGUGAUGAAUCGGUAAAUGGAAUUCCUGAAGAGCCGAUAGAAGAAUCGCACAUUACUCCAGAACAUUGUGGGGAAGAAGGAUGUGAAAUUCCGAUACACAUCGAGCCGCAUGUAUCAGUUUCUGUCGAAGAACCGACUACUGCAUCUUCCGGUAAUGAAGUGAAUCUAGGAAAAGGUACACAGCAGCCUCCCAAAGAAUACCCAGAAGAGCACUGUGACUCCGAAGGUUGUACUCCAACAGAACCCCAGAUUACACAAGAAUCUUGCGGACCAGAAGGAUGUUCACGUCCUUCAUCAGUGAAACCUGAAAUCACUCCGAUUGAACCUGAUCAGCUCUCAACAAAAUCUCCGGAAAAAGAGCUUUGCGGAUCAGAAGGAUGUGUAUCGCCACAAGAACCUGAAGAACCGGUAACAACUUCUUCUAGUAUCGAAGAAGAUGAACAACCAACCACACAUCAGCCGGUCGAGGAAUCUCCAGGACCUAUUGAACAUUGUGGACCGGAAGGAUGUACAGAUGAGCCCCAGGUAACUUCAGAACAUUGUGGAUCAGAAGGUUGUAAACCUAUCGUAUCUCAAAAGCCCGAAGAAUCUGCUGAAACUACUACUGGAUCAUCUGUUGAAGAAGAUAAGAAAGAGGUUACCGCAGAACCAAGUCAAGCGUCAGUCACUGUAUCGAAGGAACCAGCAGGAACUGAAUCUGGAGUAGGUUCUAUAGAUGUUUCAGAAACUACUCUGAGCAGUAUUUCCUCAGAAAGAGCUGAUACAACAGAAGAAAGUUCAACAGAACAAGCAAAACCACAACCGACUGAAAUAUCAGCAACUGAAGUGUCAAUGUUACAAACCACUACAACAGAAAAGCUGACUCCUUCGAUUACAUCAGACCAGGAACCAACUGAGAGAGCACAAACAGAAAGCUCGAUGAUGAACAUCACAGAACAUGAGGAACAUCCAGAAGAUAAAACAAAACCAAGCAAAGAAACAUCUGGCGAAAAACAAGGGGCUGAGGAACACACAACAGAGAGUGCUGUUGACGAGAUUUCCACAACACCUGGAGACAAAGCAACAAUUGUGCCCGAGGUCAUCACUGAAUCAAUUCCGAAAAUUGCAGAGCAUGGUACUGAAAAGACACCAGAAGAAAUAAUUACUGAGAGACCAGUGCAGCCAGAAAUUACUGAAAAACAAGAAACUAUCCGACCCGAAACACCAUUAGAACAUACUGAUUCUUCAGUUGAGAAGUUGCCAGAAGAACAUGUGGAACCAACUGAAGAAAAAACACCAGAAAUAUCUGAGACAACUACGGUUGAACCUGUAGAAAUUAUCACUGAAAAAAUGACUGGUGGAACAAUUGAAUCAGCAGAACACAUUACUGAACCAGUGAAACAAGAAACAAGUACUGACGAAAGCCAUGAAGAACCAGAACCUUCAGAGAAUAAUACUUCACAAGCACCUUCGAAGCCAGAGGUAGGACCGACUGUUCCAUCAGAAGAAUAUUCAGGAAAUCAGACAAUUACUCCAGCGGUCACUGAGCCAGCCUCAGUAACAUCUGCUACAGGAGAGAAAAUAACAGAAUCUGAAGUACCUGAGCCGGCUUUCCCGACACAUCCAUCAGAGAUAACCAGUCCUAAAUCAGUUGAUGUCGGAACUGAAGUUACAACUGUCAGGGAUGAAGUAUCUAAACCUCAGCAUGAGAUUGAAGGAGACACAACUCCUGUGCAACAUGUGCCAGUUCAAGGAAGUGAUGAAUCUCAGACGGAACAAAGCGAAGUAACUACAGAAGCAAGGAUUCCUGAAGUAAGUUACUACAGUACCGAGAGCCAACCUGGUACUGACGAAUCUUCCACUGAAGAACGCGCUUCGGAAGGAACUGAACAUGAUACAACUGAAAGUCAACCCGGAACAGCACCAAGUAGUGAAACAAGUCCUAAGGAACACACUGAAUCAACCUCGCCUAGCUCUGAAGAAUCAAACACAGAGUUGUCUGAAAAAGAGGAGGAACAAACUCAAGGACAUACUAGGCCCGUAGAAGUCGCUACCGAAAAAAUUCCAUCUACUGAGGCAAUAACAGAAACACAACAUAUAGGGGAAGAAGUGACCGAAGUACAAUCUGUAACUGAUAAGAGUCAAACCGAAUCAGACGAACAAGAGCAUAUUACUGUUAUGCCGGAAUCUAGUCCUAGUACAAUUGGAGAAUUCAUUACAAAACAUCCCCAACAUGAAUUAUCUACUCAAACUCCUGAAGUAGCAACGGAAGUUGUUCCAGAAGUAAUUACUAAGAGCGUACCAAGACCUGGAGAGAUACCUGUGUCACCUAUCACCGAGCCUCAACCUACUGAAGCAGGUGUCGAGAUUCCCAUUGAACCUGAACUCGAACAUGGACAUGGCAUAACUGAAAUUGAUGUAAAAGAGAAGACAACAGAAGCCCAACUCACACCUGAGAAAGAAACCACUGAAAUCCUUCCUGCUAGUGAAAUUGUGACUGAGAAGCUUCCAGAAUCUGAGAUAAGUACCAAAGUUUCUAUUCCUUCAGAAGGUCAAACAGGUGGAGAAAUCACUCCAGAAUCCAUAACAAGUCAUCCUGAAGUUACCGAACCCCAGCCAGAAGAAGCCGAAAUUGCCACUGAGAAACACCCCGCAGUUGAUCAAGAAGCUCCAGCUCCAACCGAAGGUGAAACUAGCACCCAAGCAGGAGAAGGAAUGCAGCCUAGCGCAGUGACGACAGCACCUGAACAAGUCAGUCCCGGAGCGAAGGACAAUUUAACCACGAAGAUUCCUAUUGAGUUCGACGACCGAUUGAAGCCUGAGCAUGAAGAAACGACUAGUCCACCUACGGAGGAAGUCACCUCGCCUACCCAAGCACCGAGAAAUGUUACGGAACUGUACACUUCUGGCCCGCCUGAAGGAAUUUCGACUAAAAAGACUGUAGACGGAGAGCUUUCUACGUCUUCGCCGUUGACCUCGCCUCCACAACCAGAACCAGUAGCCACGGAGUCUAGUCACGAAAUCUCUGGCGAACAUGAAGAUCAUGUGCCAGAACUGCCAGAUUACCAAUCGCCAACGGACGACUACGACGACGCCAGUCCUCUGGGUCCAGGAACUUGUCGCUAUGGCGGAAAAGUAUUCGUUUCCGCCCAGCAGAUACCGCGUGACGAUCCGUGCGAUUUCUGCUUCUGUUUCAGAAGUGACAUCAUCUGCUUGCAGCAAAGCUGCCCGCCGCCCAUUCCCAAUUGCCACGAAGAGCCCAUCAGAGGGUUCUGCUGCCCUAGGUACGAGUGCCCGGUAGGAAUGGCUACGGCGCUCAACAUGACUACGACGACUACUACGACGACUACGACGUUGCCGCCGCACUUCUUGGCGCACGCCUAUAAGGGUAGGGCUAGGAAGACGGGAUGUCUCAUCCAGGGGCGAGCCUACAGGGUGGGAGACUACAUCAGGUCCGCUUCAGGCCCUUGUAUGCACUGCACGUGUGGUUCAGAUGGACAGAUGGAAUGUGAUCCCAAACAGUGUAGUCCUGAGCCAAUGCUGAGGCAGAUGAUAGCUGCAGCAUCUAGGAGAAGAAGAUGAACGAAUUUGUAAAAUAUAUAGUGAGACAAUGUGCAAGUGAUACAGACAAUUUUAUGAAAAUUGAACAAUAGUCUCGAACAUUGAAAAAAGAACAGCAUUCUAGGGUGCCAAAAUGAACACUUACUUUAUGUAGUGUGCCUUUUACAAGAAUUUCAGUUGACAUUCACUGAGGGGUGAACAUCUUUGAAAGUUUGAUGUGUGAGGUUUUUUUAAAUUCCAGUCCAGAGUAUUUAUGAAACUAAAAAAAAUUGUUUUGAGUAUGAAUAAAAUUGAUUGAAGAAUACCUACUCCUGGAAGUGGAAUUGGGUGUGAAAAUUUUCAAAGUUGGUUCGCCUCUCAAUUUUUUCGUAAGAAAGUGAUGCAACAGAAACGCAAUUCUCCCAGUGAUCUACUCGAAUGUAUACUCAACCAAACGAAUCAAAACUGAAUAUUGUAUUGGCCUAUGGAAAUACGAACCCUCUGAAAAAUCUUUUUUUAUGUGGAUUCUCAAUAGACCUGGUAGUAGGUAACUUAUUUUCAUGAAAAAUUAUUGCAAAAGAUUAUGACGUUCCUCUGAUAUGGGUAGUAUAAUGACAUUAAUUUAAUUAAUAUCACAUGAAGGUUCAGCAUGUUGAAUUUAGGCCACAUAUUCACUAUUCAGCUUUUGACUAGUUUACAUAGAUGUUAUUUAUAAUGAACUUAAUGACUGAUGAAAAUUUUUACACUUUUGUAAUUAGAAAUACUUGGAGUGUCGUUUACUUAAUUUUGAAAAAGCCAUUACAUGUAAUACGCGGGCUCUUUAUUUAUGUAGUCUUAAAAUGUGUGUUGCGUAUCCUAAAACUGUCUAAGUGGUUUGACUAGCAGAAAAAAUCCUUCCGUUCGCAGUAGUUAGUAUAUUAUCUAUGAAAAUUAUUUUCUGCUACUUGAACGCUUAGACUACUUCUUGUAUAUUAACGGAUGCUCAAUAUUAAUAUUAAGUAGAGUAUGUAGUAUUUAUCAAUAAUGAAUAAAAUGUGUAAAUGAU